AUAGUUAAAGGAAAGUGUCAUUUGAGUUGAGCGGACAAAGUUGUAGUAAUUAACGAAUUUCGUAAAUUUAUUGUUAACAUGGAUCAAAUGGAUCGGGAUACACUAGACUCGUGUUGCGAGGAAAUUAUACCUAAAAUAGACAUGAUUCAAUUGUGGCCAAAGCUUCUUCAAAAUCAAAUUUUUAAUAGAGAUGACGUGAAUGUUCGGCGUUGGGAGCAAAAUCUGACAGAAGAGGCAACUAUCCGUGAUAUAUAUUUGACCAUAAAAACACGUGGACCACACGCUUUUAGUGGGCUUAUUAUAAGUUUAUGCCAAAUUGGUCAGGAAGAUUUGGCAGAUAUCUUAGAAGAAAGAAGAUAUAGACUUUGUAAUAAUGUCGCUGAACAAAUGAAUCAUACUGGAGAAAGAUAAGGCUAUGAGUCAUUUUCAUCAGGAUACUGGUUCAUGUUGUUGAAAUGUCAUCUGAGUUGCGGACAAAGUUGUAGUAAUUAACGAA